AUGAAUUCCUCUACGGUCAAGUUGCCUGAAGGCCACGGCUAUGUUUACAAAGAAGUCCGGUUUUCACCAACGGCAACACCUCUCCGCCGAGCUCAAUCGGUCUCAGGCAGUAAUCCCUCGGCGAAUACCAGAUACGGCCAAACACCGGUAUACGGUCGAAACUUUCCCGUCUUGGAUACCUCCUAUAUCGAUCAAUCACAAGAGCUUCUUGAAAAGCAACGGGCGAAUUUUCAGGCGGAGAGGGAGCUUUUCGCGCAAGAAAGGCGAUUGUGGGAGACGGAGCGGUCGCUGCUCAAGGCCAAGAUCGCAGAGUUAGAAUCCUUGUCUCCAAGGGCACACCCCAUUUCAUCAGUACCUCGUCCAGGUGACGCUACUUUCGGUGCAUCUCAAUUUCACGGAUCUCGUGAUACUGUGCACUCAGCUCAGGUGUGGGAAGGAACAAGCCCAGGAGGGCGACCAACAAGGGUGUUCCGCAACGAAGAGACACCAGACAGUCUCCACCUUUCGACAAUCACAGAGGGGAGCGACAAUAUUCCUCCUUCUCUGGAUGCAGCCCUGUCUCCCCUGACACGGGCGGCAGACGCUCAUGGGAUGACCGUUAGUAUCCCGGUGCCGAUCGAGAAGCUUGACAGUAGACUAGAUGGCAUUACGCUGAAGUCUACUGCUUUACCACCUGGGGUGGUAGCCCGGGUGAUCACCCCGCCGUCGCCGUCGCCCUUGACCACGUCCCCUCCUGCCCCUUCGGAGCCUGCAAGAUCCGAGAUAGAACACCGAAACAGUCUCAAGUUGAAGCUGUCAGAACUCGGCCCGCCCAAUGAGAACCUUCUUCGGGACGCCGGACACACCCCGAUGGUUAUCAUCGAGGUCGACGGGAGUCGUCAAACCACCCAGGACGCUACACCUGCGCCCGAGUCUCGAUAUCAGGAGGAGGCCCCUCUGGCGCCUGUGCAAACGGAAGUCGGUCUACCGACAGAAAAUGGGGAGUCCUAUUUCCCCGAUGUGCCUGAAGAUCCUGCCCUGAAAGGGCCUCUUGGUCUCAUCAACGACGAAGAGCAUGAUAAUAGCUUCCUCAAUGAGCUGGACCAGAAACUCCUGGACCAGGCUAGGCGGAUCCUUGGUAGCUCAGAGGAAUCGACUGAGGCUAAUGAGGCUGAACCCGAAAUGCCCACGCAGAGUGAACAGGAACCCGAAUUCAAGUUCAAAAAGUCCACUAACUUUGGCACGGCCUUUGGAAUAUCGAACUUGGGUAAUUUUUGA